CGAGAAGUCGAGUGAGUGAGCGAGAGCGACCGACUUCACCGACUUGGCGUUUGUUCAUGUCCAUUGCAUUGCCGCCGCAUUAUUUAGUUUUUCAAUGUAAUUAAGAUUUUUGUGACGAAAAUGUCGACAGAUUUCUAUAUACGGUACUACGUCGGACACAAAGGAAAAUUUGGACAUGAAUUCCUUGAGUUCGAGUUUCGUCCUGAUGGGAAGUUGCGGUACGCCAACAAUUCAAACUAUAAAAAUGAUACAAUGAUCCGAAAAGAAGCAUAUGUGCAUCCCUGUGUUAUGGAAGAGCUGAAAAGGAUUAUCAUGGACUCUGAAAUCAUGCAUGAGGAUGACCGUUUAUGGCCGCAGCCGGAUCGAGUCGGAAGACAGGAGUUAGAGAUAGUGAUAGGAGAAGAACAUAUUUCCUUCACUACCUCCAAAACUGGCUCCCUUGUAGAUGUCAACCAGUCACGAGACCCGGAAGGCCUGCGCUGUUUCUACUACCUCGUCCAGGAUCUCAAGUGUUUAGUUUUCUCCCUCAUCGGUCUGCACUUUAAGAUUAAGCCUAUAUAAGUUAAUUGUACUUUGUAAGUGAAAUAAAGAUUUGUGACUUUUCCA